AUGGAAUAUCACAUGGAAUAUUCACCAAACGAGGUGAUUAAACAAGAAAGAGAAGUAUUUGUAGGAAAAGAAAAAAGUGGAAGCAAAUUUAAAAGAAAGAGAUCUAUUUUUAUAGUUUUUACCGUAUCAAUAUGUUUUAUGUUUGCUUUAAUGUUAUUUUAUUUUACAAGAAAUGAAAACACCAAGAAUUUGUUUUCUAAUAGUUUAUCAAAUAAUAUAAACGAUGAUUAUAUAAUAAAUUCAUUAUUAAAAAGUGAAAGCGGUAAAAAAUUCAUUGUAUCAAAACUUGAAGAAUUAAUAUCCACUUAUGAUAAAGAGAAUAAAAUGAAAACUAGUGGAGAAGAAGAAAAUAACAUGAAUAUGAAUGGUGUUGAAUAUAAUGAUAAUAAAAGUCUUAGCUUUGUUAAUAAAAAAAAUGGAAAUUUAAAAGUGAAUAAUAAUUAUCAAGUUUCUUAUUCUAAUAUUUUUGAUACAAAAUUUUUAAUGGAUAAUUUAGAGACUGUUAAUUUAUUUUAUAUCUUUUUAAAAGAGAAUAAUAAGAAAUAUGAAACAUCUGAAGAAAUGCAAAAGAGAUUUAACAUAUUUUCGGAAAAUUAUAAAAAGAUAGAAUUACAUAACAAAAAAACUAAUAGUUUAUAUAAAAGAGGUAUGAACAAAUUUGGAGAUUUAUCCCCAGAAGAAUUUAGAAGUAAAUAUUUAAAUUUAAAAACACAUAGUCCAUUUAAAACAUUAUCAUCUUCCAUGCCAUAUGAAGUAAAUUACGAAGAUGUAAUUAAUAAAUAUAAACCAGCUGAUGCUAAAUUAGAUCGUAUAGCAUAUGAUUGGAGAUUACAUGGUGGUGUAACACCUGUAAAAGAUCAAGCAUUAUGUGGAUCAUGUUGGGCCUUUAGUAGUGUAGGUUCUGUUGAAUCUCAAUAUGCUAUAAGAAAGAAAGGAUUAUUUUUAUUUAGUGAACAGGAACUAGUUGAUUGUUCAAUUAAAAAUAAUGGUUGUUAUGGUGGAUAUAUUACUAAUGCUUUUGAAGAUAUGAUUGAUCUUGGAGGAUUAUGUUCUCAAAAUGAUUAUCCAUAUGUUAGUAAUUUACCAGAAACAUGUAAUCUUAAACAAUGUAAUGAGAAAUAUACAAUCAAAUCAUAUGUAUCUAUUCCAGAUGAUAAAUUUAAAGAAGCUUUAAGAUAUCUAGGUCCUAUUAGUAUAAGUAUAGCAGCUUCAGAUGAUUUCGCCUUUUAUAGAGGAGGUUUCUAUGAUGGAGAAUGUGGAUCAGCACCAAAUCAUGCAGUUAUACUUGUUGGUUAUGGUAUGAAAGAUAUUUAUAAUGAGGACACUGGAAAAAUGGAAAAAUUUUAUUAUUAUAUCAUUAAAAACUCAUGGGGAGCUGAUUGGGGAGAACGAGGAUAUAUUAAUUUAGAAACUGAUAUAAAUGGAUACAAAAAAACUUGUUCAAUUGGAACAGAAGCUUAUGUACCAUUAAUUGAAUAA